ACGGAAGUUGGACAAGCUGAAGCUGCCCCAUUGCUGCUCAGCAAAGUUCCUGCUGCUCCUCUCUCUCUCUGAAUGAAGAUUGAGCUUCACCCCCAGACUGCAACUUCCUCCAACAUCUGGUACCAAAAGGGGAGGAUUUGCAGCCAGAAAUCUCAAACAAAGCAUCACACAUGACAUUGGGACUUACGCACUUUUAGUGGAAGUUAUGUGGGUGCAGACUCGAUGGACUGAAGGGCCUUUUCUGUGCUGUAUGAAUCUAUGAAACAUCAGCUGGUUCGUGGGGACCUGAAUAUCAUGGGUCUGUGAAGCUGGAAGAGGAAUGUUUGUUUUGUAAGAUCUUUUGAAGCAGACAUGUUGGUGUGACUGGAAAAGCAUCGAGACACACUUGCACACACACACACCCCACCGAGUGGAAGGAAUCUGAGUGUUGAAGGAGUUUUAACCAGACUGAGAAAACAUUGUUCCAUUCAGAGCAGAGAGAGAGAGACUGUACCUGCAUUCUGUGUUUGUGAUCAAGGCUUCCACUGAUUGUCAAACCCGGGCAGACAUAAGGACACCCGCACCAUGGAGAAACCAUGGAAAUGUGGGGACUGUGGGAAGGGAUUCAGAUUCCCGUCUGUGCUGGAGAUCCAUCGGCGCAGUCACACGGGGGAGAGGCCGUUCACCUGCUCCGUGUGCGGGAAGGGGUUCCCUCACUCGUCUGCCCUGGUGACCCACCAGCGGGUCCACACGGGGUUGAAGCCUUUCACAUGCUCCGCAUGCGGGAAGGGCUUCACCCAUUCGUCCGCCCUGCUGACCCACCAGCGGGUUCACACCAGAGAGAGGCCGUUCGCCUGCUCCGUGUGCGGGAAGGGCUUCUCUCAAUCAUCCAACCUGCUGUCACACCGACGGGUUCACACCCGCGAGAGGCCAUUCCCGUGCUCCGUGUGCGGCAAGGAGUUCAGUCAGUCUUCACACCUGCUGUCGCAUCGGCGGGUCCACACGGGGGAGAGGCCCUUCUCCUGCUCCGAGUGCGGGAAGGGAUUCACCGACUCGUCCACGCUGCAGAAGCACCGGCGGGUCCACACAGGGGAGCGUUCGUUCACCUGCUCCGUGUGCGGGAAGAGCUUCAAUCAGUCAUGCAACCUACUGAGACACCAGACGGUUCACACCGGGGAGAGGCCGUUCACAUGCCCUGUCUGCGGGAAGGGAUUCACUCAGUCCUCCACCCUGCUGAGACACAAGGGCAGUCACACCAAGUAGAGACUUUUAAUGCCCUGACUGCACGGCUGCCAAUUGUAUCCACUGAGCUUAAGUGUAUACAAGUGGAGGGUGCUGCUGGGAGGGUCAGUUCAGCACAUGUUAAGGCAUGCUUGCUGACAGGGAGCGGAGUCAGGAGGCACAUGCCUGUUGGGCUCCGUGAAUAAAC